AUGCAAAGGUGUGAGGAGUCCACCAGGAAGAAAAGGACUGGUAGGGCUGAGAGGGAUGGGCUGGAAGCCCUGGCUCGAGAGCAGUGGCUCCCACAGUUCACCUGUGAACCUUCCUCCAGGCCCACUGUUUUCUGCCUGAGGACCCUGCACGCCUCAGGGCUCCAGGCUCUCAGACAUGGAGCAGGAGAGAGAGCAGGGCUGUCUGGGGUUUUGCGGUACAGACAGCAACAGCUCUUGGCUGGAGGCCGAAGUGGCAGCCAGCGUGUCCUCAAAUCUCAUGGUAGUAGUGUUUCAGAAAACUGUGGACUCUAUUUUCCAGAAAUAAAAAGAGAUCCAGGCAAAUAUUUACACAGGUGUCCCAAAUCUGUGAGAAAGUGGCUUCAACAGCUAAAGAGUGCCGGGAAGAUUCUUUUAUUAAUUACCAGUUCUCACAGUGAUUACUGCAGGCUCUUGUGUGAGUACACACUCGGGGAUGAUUUUGCAGAUCUUUUUGACAUUGUGAUUACAAAUGCACUGAAGCCUGGUUUCUUCUCCCACUCGCCAAGUCAGAGGCCUUUCUACACACUCAAGGACGACGAGGAGCAGGAGGCGCUGCCGUCCCUGGACAAGCCUGGCUGGUACUCCCGGGGGAAUGCUGCCCACCUUUAUGAGCUUCUGAAGAAAAUGACCGGCAAACCUCAGCCCAAGGUCGUUUACUUUGGUGACAGCAUGCACUCGGACAUUUUCCCGGCAAGUCACUACAGUCACUGGGAGACAGUUCUCAUCCUGGAAGAACUCAGAGGGGAGGAAGGCGAAAAGCCUGAGGAGGCAGAGCCUCUGGAGAAGAGGGGGAAAUACGAGGGACCAAAGGCAAAGCCUCUAAAUACCCUAUCUAAAAAAUGGGGCUCGUUUUUUAUUGAUUCAGUUUCUGAACAGAAGAAUACAGAGGACUCCUUGGUUUACACGUGGUCUUCUAACAAAAUCAGUGCUUACAGCACUAUUGCAAUUCCAAGUAUUGAAGCAAUUGCAGAAUUACCCCUGGAUUACAAGUUUACAAGAUUCUCUUCAAACAGUUCAAAAACAGCUGGCUACUAUCCUUUGGUCCAUUAUACUGAUGGUCUUAUCAAAUGAGACACUGAAAUGAGACAAAUUAUAAUGGAAUGAAAACAUAUAUGCAACAAAUGUACUGUUAAAAAUGUUAUUUUCAAAAAAUAUUGUAAAAUGCUUUGUAGGAAUGUUUUUGUGAAAAUGACCAAGUAAUUGGUAUUUGUCGAUAAGUCUCUAUUUUAUAUAAACUUAUUUGAUGCUUAACAACUCUUGACUAUAUUAAAAUCUAAGCCUAGAAGUAAAAAGAACAUUCAUAUUUUCCAUACCAGUAGUUGUGAGAUUAGAAUUUCCUGGGGAGAUAUACCUACACAGUCCAGUGGUUCUCAAUGUGUUAUGCUAGAAUAGCACAGCAUCACUCAGAACUUGCAAAUUUGAAAAACUUCCCAAAACUUACUGGAUCAGAAACUCUGGGCGUGUGUCCCAGUAAUCUGAAACAUUAUGAUUUUUUUCAAGCUAUUAGGUUUCAUACUAGUCCUGUCUUUUCCAAAACAAGGAGA